UAUAUAUACGAUGAGGUGACGUCAAACAUGGCAAUCCUCGGACUUCAACUGCAACAAAGGUUUCCCGUCUUGACUGCUGUUUGUUAUUCUCGCUUAAUUUCCGCUACAAUUCAUGCUCCGGCUGUUGCUUCUGUCUCUAGUCUUUCGUGUAAGCUAAAAAAAUGGAACAAUGGUGGUAGGCUGCCACGUAGACUGGUGGUAGGCUUAGGAGCUUCAUUUUGGGCUCAGUACAUGAACAUGGCCGGCAAUAGCAAAUCUUUUAUUGCUUCUGCAAGGCUAAAGGGUGCUGUUGAACAGGCAUUGCAGAAUGUGGAAUGGCCAGAGCAGUUCCCCUUCAAGGACGAGGAUUUCCAACGCUUCGAUGAAACAUCAGAUUCGUUGUUCUAUGAAGCGCCACGCUUUGUUACGCAUAUUGAUGAUGCAGCCAUUGCUGCACUUACUAAAUACUACUCAGAGGUUUUCCCUCCCAGCAAUACUCCUGGAGUGAGCAUCUUGGAUAUGUGCAGUAGUUGGGUCAGUCAUUUUCCAAAAGGAUACAAGCAAGAACGGGUAGUUGGAAUGGGUAUGAAUGAGGAAGAGCUUAAGCGGAACCCUGUUCUAACAGAAUAUGUUGUGCAAGACUUAAAUUUGAAACCUAAGCUUCCCUUUGAAGAUAAUUCCUUUGAUGUCAUUACCAAUGUGGUCAGUGUUGAUUAUCUAACAAAGCCUCUUGAUGUUUUCAAAGAGAUGUGCCGGAUUCUUAAGCCUGGUGGAUUGGCUAUAAUGAGUUUUUCAAAUCGCUGCUUUUGGACAAAAGCAAUCUCUAUAUGGACAUCCACUGGUGACACCGAUCAUGCUUUGAUUGUUGGGUCAUAUUUCCAUUAUGCUGGCGGAUUUGAACCUCCUCAGGCUGUUGAUAUAUCUCCUAAUCCAGGACGCUCAGAUCCUAUGUACAUUGUUUACUCUAGGAAGCUUUCUACUGCUUAAGAAGCUAUCACUAUCAGUCUGAAGAUUAUGAGGAUUUUCUUCCUAUCAAUGAGUUUUCUUUUUUGCACAAAUCCAAGAACCUUAUAGUCGUGAAGAAGUUGAUAAUUUGAAAUUGUAUUCUCGUUUUCAUUAAUUACAGUGUAAUAAGUACCCUUCCUCACUGUCCACGCAUUUUCUAGAUAUAAGAACCAUAACAUUGGAAUACAUACAACAGACACAUUGAACCAAA